CGUCCUCAACGUCGAUGAUAGUGGUCGCUACAUCCACUUCGACCACAGUCAAAACGUCUACCUCGUCUCCUUUCAGCCAAACUUUCAGUGUUACACCUUUCCUUACCAUAUCAUCUACCUCCACCACAUUCUCGACCCUUCAACUAUCGUCCACCCAAGGCCAGCAUGGGUUAGCCUCCGCAGCACCUAUUCAAUCAUCUGCGACAUCCACGCCAAGUUCGGCCGCUGAUGGCAUAUCAGACACUUCAAAUGACAGUACGGGCUUCUUCAUCGGUAUCGGUGUAGCAAUCGGAGGUGAGAUCCAUUCAUUGGAACUUUUAGUCUCUGACCGACAUUCUCCUCACAUGUUCAUCCUCUCUAACACCCUCCAGCAAGCGCAGCAAUAAUCCUCUCAGCCCUCUACUUCCUCUACAGACACCGCCGUACCCGCAAUCGCUCCAUCUCCAGCACCAC